CUCUUUCUUUCUUUUUUAGCGGAUUUUUUUUCCAUUCUAAAAACCGUCCAGAAUGGCCCGUACCAAGCAGACCGCUCGUAAGUCCACAGGUGGAAAAGCCCCCCGGAAGCAACUGGCCACCAAAGCAGCCAGGAAAAGUGCACCUUCCACCGGGGGAGUGAAGAAGCCACAUCGCUACAGGCCUGGCACCGUGGCCCUUCGAGAGAUCCGACGGUACCAGAAAUCCACAGAGCUGCUGAUUCGCAAGCUCCCCUUCCAGCGCCUGGUCCGGGAAAUCGCUCAGGACUUCAAGACUGACCUGCGGUUCCAGAGCGCGGCCAUUGGAGCCCUGCAGGAAGCCAGCGAGGCUUAUCUCGUGGGUCUCUUUGAAGACACCAACUUGUGUGCCAUCCACGCCAAAAGAGUCACCAUCAUGCCAAAAGACAUCCAGCUGGCACGUCGUAUCCGGGGCGAACGGGCUUAACUCCGUGGUGGUAGCUAUCUCCGCUCAUGCCGUGUAUUAGACUAGACUCUAGGUUUUUUUUUUCCCUACUCCUGUUUGUAGUGGCUAGCUAGAACAAUGGGAAAUGUUAAACCUAACUUAGCUCUCAGCGAUGAGGAAAAACCCGAUCUGUUUGUUCAUGAAAUACAAGCAAAAAAAAAACAAAAAAAAAAAACCCACAACCAACCAACCAACCAACGACACUUUGAGAAAUUUUCAAGACUUUUGGAUUUUUUCAGUUUGUUUUUUGUAUCUUUUUUUUUUUUUUUUUUUUUCAGAAUUGCAAAAAAAAAUUUAAGUAACUCAAAGGGGGAAAUGUUUUUGAAAUAUCUGGUUUUGUACACAAAACGGAAGUAGAUUUAGGCAUAAAACAAAACAAGGAGCUUUUUGUCUUCGGUUUGUAAAAAAAAAUAUAUAUAGAUAGAUAUAUAUAUGUAUACCUGCAACGAUCACUCGACACUCUUUUUUUGUUGUUUUCCUUUUCCUUUGCAUUUCCAACGAGCUCUGAACUUGUUUUCCUGUUUCCAUGCGUCUCGUGAAACGUGAGUUAGGCCUUUGUAACAUUCAGGUUCCUUCGCCCCGCGGUGGUGACAAAAGCAGCAACGAAAAAUAAACGUUGAACGAUA